GCAGAGGCUUGGGGCAGCCGGGCUGCGAGGAGGCCGCGGUGCAGGGGGCGAGUGGAACCGGCGGCAGCGGCGCUGGGUCGGGAGGCGCAGCGGCGAGGCGGACGAACCGGCGGGGUCACCAGCCAGGGGUCUCCGCACUGGAAUUUGAUAUUCAUUUAUCCAGGGUUUACCCUCCUCCUUUUUUUCUUCAGCAAUUUUAAAAUCCACAUUCUUUCUCGUUUUAAUUUAUUUUUGCUUCCCACUCCCCGCUUAAAUCGGGCCGACUGUUUGGGGAGACUGCUCCUUUACUUCCCCAAAUCACUUCGGAUUUUGGAAACCAGCAGAGAGAAGAAAGAGGUAGCAAGAGCUCCAGAGAGAAGUCGAGGAAGAGAGACAGACGGGGUCAGAGCGCGCGCGGGCGAGCGAGCAACGACAGGGACAGGGGCAAAGUGAGUGACCUGCUUUUGGGGGUGACCGCCAGAGCGCGGCGCGAGCCCUCCCCCUCGGGAUCCCGCAUCGGACCGGCAGCGCUGACGGACAGACAGACAGACACCGCCCCCCGCCCCAGCUCCCACCUCCUCCCCGGCCGGCGGCCGAGGGUGGACGCGGCGGCGAGCCGCGGGCAAGAGCCGGAGCCCGCGCCUGGAGGCGGGGUGGAGGGGGUCGGGGCUCGCGGCGUUGCAGUGAAACUUUUCGUCCAACUUCUGGGUUGUUCCCGCUCCGGAGGAGCCGUGGUCCGCGCCGGGGCAGCCGAGCCGAGCGGAACCGGGAGAAGUGCUAGCUCGGGCCGGGAGGAGCCGCAGUCCGAGGAGGGGGAGGAGGAAGAAGAGAAGGAAGAGGAGAGGGGGCCGCGGUGGCGACUCGGCGCUCGGAAGCCGGGCUCAUGGACGGGUGAGGCGGCUGUGUGCGCAGACAGUGCUCCAGCCGCGCGCGCGCCCCAGGCCCUGGCCCGGGCCUCCGCUCGGGGAGGAAGAGGAGACCGCCUAGGCGCCGAAGAGAGCGGGCCGCCCCGCAGCCCAAGCCGGAGAGGGAGCGCGAGCCGCGCCGGCUCCGGCCGGGCCUCCGAAACCAUGAACUUUCUGCUCUCUUGGGUGCAUUGGAGCCUUGCCUUGCUGCUCUACCUCCACCAUGCCAAGUGGUCUCAGGCUGCACCCAUGGCAGAAGGAGAGCACAAACCCCACGAAGUGGUGAAGUUCAUGGACGUGUACCAGCGCAGCUACUGCCGCCCCAUUGAGACCCUGGUGGACAUCUUCCAGGAGUAUCCUGACGAGAUUGAGUACAUCUUCAAGCCAUCCUGCGUGCCCCUGAUGCGGUGUGGGGGCUGUUGUAAUGACGAGGGCCUGGAGUGCGUGCCCACCGAGGAGUUCAACAUCACCAUGCAGAUUAUGCGGAUCAAACCUCAUCAAGGCCAGCACAUAGGGGAGAUGAGCUUCCUACAGCAUAGCAAAUGUGAAUGCAGACCAAAGAAAGAUAGAGCAAGGCAAGAAAAAAAAUCAAUUCGAGGAAAGGGAAAGGGGCAAAAAAGAAAGCGCAAGAAAGCCCGGUAUAAACCCUGGAGCGUGUACGUGUGCCUCCGCUGUCUCAUUGCCUGGAGCCUCCCCGGCCCCCAUCCCUGUGGGCCUUGCUCAGAGCGGAGAAAGCAUUUGUUUGUACAAGAUCCGCAGACGUGUAAAUGUUCCUGCAAAAACACAGACUCGCGUUGCAAGGCGAGGCAGCUUGAGUUAAACGAACGUACUUGCAGAUGUGACAAGCCCAGGCGGUGAGCCGGGCUGGAAGAAGGAGCCUCCCUCAGGGUUUCGGGAACCAGACCUCUCACCAGGAAAGCCUGAUUCAGAACGCUACAGAAACCACGCCGCCGCCACCACCACCACACCAACCGUCGCCAUCACCAGAACAAUCCUUAAUCCAGAAACCUGAAAUGAAGGAAGAGGAGACUCUGCGCAGAGCACUUUGGGUCCGGAGGGCGCGACUCCGGCAGAAGCAUUCCCGGGCAGGUGACCAAGCACGGUCCCUCUUGGAAUUGGAUCGCCAUUUUAUUUUUCUUGCUGCUAAAUCACCGAGCCCGGAAGAUUAGAGAGUUUUAUUUCUGGGAUUCCUGUAGACACACGCACCCACAUACGUACAUUUA